AUGACUCGCUCAAACGUAUCUCAAUACAGCCCUAAAGUAGCCAAGAAGGCCUUCCGUGCAGCCGCUAAAGACGCAGGCAUGCGAUACGUCGAUGCCAUACAAGUCCGUAAAGAGGCACAAUCCAACUUGAAGACGCUUUCUACGAAAGUAGGCGUCGUACGUCGUAACCCUGGUCGUAUGGACGGAGUUCGGUGGAACGGAGAUUCCUUCGUCUGUCCUUUACAUGUAGAUAGUGACUUGUCCGUGUUCGGCGGGUCCGAAGACGAGUUGGAAUGUGAAUAUGAUGACAGUUACGAGUUUGAUAACAAGAGGUCGGAGGAGAAGAUGAAGACCGUAUCGGAGACGGUUUGUUUGAUGGAUAUUGCGAAGCCUAUGAAGGUUAAAGGCAUUGCGAAGGAUUUUGAAGUUUUACAAACUGUUCGACGGGUUAUCGCACUGGAAGAUGAGUUGGAGAACGAAGAAUGGGAGAUGACGAGCUGUACUGGAUCUGAGUGGGACGAAGUUAUCGAAGAUGUCGAGUCAGAGGCGGCACUUGGAGCUUGGCAGUCGUACUCUGAUGCUAUUCGGUCAAGGGAGAAAGGGAAGGAUGUGACCUAG